UCAGAACGUUUCAAAAGUUGAUGUUUUAUUUAUUUUUGAGGAACAAUCUUUUUAGGAGUAAAAAAUUUUGGAGUGCAGCAGUUGGCGUGACCGCAGGUGUUGCAGCAAUGGUUGGUGUCCCUGUUGCUUUAGGCGCCCUCGGGUUUGGGUCAGCCGGCGUCGUUGCUGGGUCUAUCGCGGCUGGUAUUCAGGGACCAGCCGUGGUAUCCGGAAGUUUCUUUGCGCUUGCGCAGAGCGCAGGAGCGGCGGGUUUAGCUCUCGGGACAAAGGCUGCCUUAUUUGUUGGUGGAGCGGCUGUAGGUGCUUUGGGAAGUUCAUUGAAAUAAGCUGUCAGUGAAUACAGUCUUCGAAACUGCAUUGGCUUUCUUUGAUUUCGGACAAUUCUAAGUGCAAGAUGGAACAAGAUGGAACUAACAAAUGUUUGCAUUGAUUGAGAUUUAAACAAUACUUCUGCAUUGUGUCUGUUUUUUGUGUAAUAA